UGCAAAUUUCAUUGACGUUUUCCCUCGCUUACCUACUAAAACCCACCCCAGCCGGAGGUCCUAGCUUUCGCUCUACGUACUGUUCUCUGUACUUGCCACUGACCAGAACCGACUCUUGCCUGGAGGAAGGCCGCAGCAUUCCCCGAGGAUCCCCAGACCCAAGGAAUAGCUGAGGCUGUGAAAUACUUUGCAACAAGCUGAGAGGUGGUGGCGCACGCCUUUAAUCCCAGCACUCGGGAGACAGAGGCAGGCAGAAGCCUGAGUUCGAGGCCAGCCUGGUCUACAGAGUGAGUUCCAGGAAAGUCGGGGCUACACAGAGAAACCCUGUCUGCAAAAACAAAGCAAAUUGAAACAAAACAAAAAGAACAGCCCAACUACACCAGGAAGUCUCCCGUCCUCGGCCAGCUGACAGGUUACAGUCAAGCAUGCUUGCAGUGAUCCAGAAAGAGAAAAGUUUUAAUGAGGUACUUUCCGAUUACUUCAAGGAAAAUAAAACAGAGAUAGCCCAUGCAAUCCCCAAGCUGUUUCCUUUCUUAGAAAGCCUAAAGGACCAUUCCUUCAUCACCGACAAAGUCUAUGCUGAUUCUUAUGAAGCCUGCAGGAACUUGGUUCCUGUAGAGAACGUGGUGUACAAUGUCCUCGAUCACUUGGAGAAGUUAUCUGGCUGGUCAUUUCUAUGCACUCUGUUCAACAGAACGAACCUGAAUGCAUAUCCUGGUUUAAGAGAGAUUCAUAAAAGCUUGGAAACUGGAGCUGGUGAUGGCUGUUCUCAAGGAAGUCUGACCUGGACACCCUCAGAUCCCUCCUCAUCUGAUGGGGCCAUCCAAUCUGGAAGUAGAAAAAGAUUGUCAGAGUCUGCAUGGGACGCGAGGUCAAAGCACACGAAUAAAGACCAUUCGGUUUUCCAUCCGCGUGAGUCUCAUCUAACCAACUGUGAACGCGCCCAAGCAGGGACAAACCUACACACACAUGAAAACUGGACAGGACCUUGUUUUGUGAAACAAGAAAACCUACAGAAACCUGGGACAGUGCAGAACCAAGAUGAAAUCAUUGUGAUCAGCAGUGAGGGCUCAGAAUGCAGCGAUGAGGAUGAUGAGAAGGAACUCCUGGAAGUCUUCCACUUGACACCAGGAGUCAGGAGGCAGAUAGAAGAGGAGGGUGAGGAUCAUGUACCCCAGCUCCAGAACUCAGAACUUCCCUCAGGAACUCACGCCUCCUGUUUCCUGACUCACCACCCUUGGGGGACAUCGAAGAGCCCAGCCGGCCAUUCUCUGCACCUUACUUUUUCUGAUGCUGUGAGGAUGUGGAGAGUUUAACAGGAUUCCAGACUUUAGUAAGCCUCAAGUCCUUAGCACAACUGACUCCAUGAUGGAAGUACCAUUCAAACUGUAAAACUCAGCAUGUGGACAGUACCACCUGCCAAAAUGAAAACAAAGAACUACUUCAUCAAAGUCCACAGUUCUGGAAAAGUCUCUAAAUGUACUAACCUCACUUUUUGGCUUCUGUAGUUCUGCUUCUGGCCAACUGUUCUUGUUAACUGAAGUAUGUCACCUAGGACAUGGUUUCUUGUGCUUAAAAGCUCACUUUGGGGCUACGCUGGAAUCUGGAACACCUGGUGUAAUCAUUGGUUGGCUAAUGAAGAUUUUCAUUGGCUUAAAUACAUGUCCAAGCAGUCUUGUCUGGUGGAUGCCCCACAACAGGCAAUAUUCUCUGACUUUGUUGAUGUAUUGAUGGUACAGUCAAAAGAAAAUUAUGGACUUACAAGUUUUAUUUUGAUUUUUCCUUUCACAUAACCAUGCCUAUCUGAAGCAUAAUAAAAUAUAUAUUUGGCCUUUAUCCCCAUUUCUUUGAGUUCUCAGAACGUCCUGGGUGCUCAUUAGCUGGCUAUAUUUGUGGGUAUCUAAGAGGAUGAGGCAGAAGGCUAGCUUGGACUACAAAGUGAUGCUGCUGGGAGUCUCUGUCUGGAUCAGGUGUUUUUCCAGUCAUGCUGUUCAAAGAAUUGAAGAAGCACAAACAAAUAGUAAAGUAGAAAGGGAUUUUAUUCAGAAACAAAGUUUAAGUUCCCAAGACCUCACUGGGCAACUGACAUCCUGGUUGGCAAGUUGAGGCAUGAAUGGUGGGCAAGCCACCCUGCCACGCAUGAGUGAACCAACCAAUGAGAACAAGGUAAGUAGACCACAGGACAGUGUUCCUAGGAAAGUCCCUAACCUUUGAAUCCUGAUUGGUGGGAAAAUACAACUGCAACCUGGCGCAGAUGUUUGUGGUUUUUGUGUUUAAAUAUUUGCUGACAUGAACAUUUGGGCAUGCAGUCAGCUCCCAAGUCUGUACUCCUGUCCCUGAUGGGUCUUCUGUUAU